AUAUUUAGCUAUAGGACCUUUUUUUUAACACCUUUUGCAUAUUUUGGCAAAAUAUGAUUAGGUUGUCAAUAAAGAUUAAAAAAAAAAAAAAAACCUAGGAUUUACGGUGGUCCAAAGUGCGCUUGCGCGAACGUGCCAUUACAGUAUUCAUGACACCUCCAGGCUAAUUAAUUACAGAUUAAUGUGUUUAGGAGUUUUUUGUGAGGUUUGUUGGUUUUUAGAUGACUUUUGAGCUGGAAAACCCGGACUCUAUCUGGCAACACUUACCGUGACUGUAUCUGGCAACACUGCGAACAGGACUAAACUACUAACCCGUCAAUAGCUGUCAAUUACGAGCUAGCGCAUUGAGCACGGAGGACUAUAACGAUUUCUGACAGCAGCGACAGAUUUAAUUUUGUUUUUCACCGGAAAACCAGUCUUGGUUCUGGAAGCGUGGAUCUGCGACGCCGGCGAAAGCAGGAUGGAGUGGCAGCCAGACGAGCAGGGUCUGCAGCAGGUGCUGCAGCUGCUGAAGGACUCCCAGUCCCCGGACACCGCCACGCAGAGGGCCGUGCAGGAGAAACUGGAGCAGCUCAACCAGUUUCCAGAUUUCAACAACUAUCUCAUCUUUGUCCUCACGAGCCUCAAAUCUGAAGACGAGCCCACGCGCUCUUUGAGCGGCUUGAUCCUGAAGAACAACGUUAAAGCCCACUACCAGAACUUCCCUCCCAACGUGGCCGACUUCAUCAAACGCGAAUGCCUCAACAACAUCGGGGACCCGUCGCCGCUCAUCAGGGCUACAAUCGGUAUCUUGAUCACCACUAUAGCCUCUAAAGGAGAGCUGCAAAUGUGGCCGGAACUGUUGCCUCAGCUCUGCAAUCUGCUCAACUCAGAGGACUAUAACACCUGUGAGGGCUCGUUCGGAGCGCUGCAGAAGAUCUGCGAGGAUUCAUCCGAGCUGCUGGACAGCGACGCUCUAAACAGACCUCUCAACAUCAUGAUCCCAAAGUUUCUGCAGUUUUUUAAACACUGCAGCCCCAAGAUCAGGUCUCACGCCAUCGCCUGUGUGAACCAGUUCAUCAUUGGCCGAGCUCAGGCGCUCAUGGAUAACAUUGACACCUUUAUUGAGAGUCUGUUCGCUCUGGCGGGCGACGAGGACAGUGAGGUCCGGAAGAACGUGUGCAGAGCUCUGGUCAUGCUGCUGGAGGUCCGGAUCGACCGCCUCAUCCCACACAUGCACAGCAUCAUCCAGUACAUGCUGCAGCGAACCCAGGACCCAGAUGAGAACGUGGCUCUGGAGGCCUGCGAGUUCUGGCUGACUCUGGCUGAGCAGCCCAUCUGCAAAGAGGCUCUGUCCGGACACUUGGUGCAGCUCAUUCCUAUUCUGGUUAAUGGGAUGAAGUACUCUGAGAUCGACAUCAUCCUGCUGAAGGGGGACGUGGAAGAAGACGAGACGGUUCCUGACAGCGAGCAGGACAUCAAACCUCGCUUUCACAAGUCACGCACUGUCACGCUGCAGCACGAGGGCGGGGAAGGUGAGGAGGGCGAGGACAUCGACGAUGAUGAGGAUGAUGACGACGACACGCUGUCCGACUGGAACCUGCGGAAAUGCUCGGCUGCAGCUCUGGACGUUCUAGCCAACGUGUUUCGUGAGGAGCUGCUGCCCCACCUGUUACCCCUGCUCAAGGGUUUGCUGUUCCACCCUGACUGGGUCAUCAAGGAGUCGGGCAUUUUGGUUCUGGGGGCCAUCGCAGAGGGCUGCAUGCAGGGUAUGGUUCCGUACCUGCCCGAGCUCAUCCCUCACCUCAUCCUGUGCCUGUGCGACAAAAAGGCGCUGGUCCGCUCCAUCGCCUGCUGGACUCUCAGCCGCUACGCCCACUGGGUGGUCAGCCAGCCCCCGGACGCCCACCUCAAACCCCUCAUGACCGAGCUGCUUAAGCGCAUCCUGGACGGCAACAAGAGAGUCCAGGAGGCAGCGUGCAGCGCCUUCGCGACCCUGGAGGAGGAGGCGUGCACAGAGCUGGUGCCGUACCUCAGCUUCAUCCUGGACACGCUGGUGUUUGCAUUCGGGAAGUAUCAGCACAAGAACCUGCUGAUCCUCUACGACGCCAUCGGAACGCUGGCGGACUCUGUGGGACACCAUCUGAACCAGCCGGAGUACAUUCAGAAACUGAUGCCCCCCCUGAUCGCCAAGUGGAAUGAGCUGAAGGACGAGGACAAAGACCUGUUCCCCCUGUUGGAGUGCCUGUCGUCCGUCGCCACGGCGCUGCAGAGCGGCUUCCUGCCGUACUGCGAGCCCGUCUACCAGCGCUGCGUGACCCUGGUCCAGAAGACGCUGGCUCAGGCCAUGAUGUACAGCCAGCAGCCGGACCAGUACGAAGCCCCCGACAAGGACUUCAUGAUCGUGGCUCUGGAUCUUUUAAGCGGGCUGGCUGAGGGCCUGGGGGGCCACGUGGACUCGCUGGUGGCCCGCAGUAACAUCAUGACGCUGCUGUUCCAGUGCAUGCAGGACACCAUGCCUGAGGUCAGACAGAGUUCAUUCGCUCUCCUGGGGGAUUUGACCAAGGCCUGCUUCCCUCAUGUCAAGCCGUGUAUCGCCGAGUUCAUGCCCAUCCUCGGAACCAACCUGAACCCUGAGUUCAUCUCCGUCUGCAACAACGCCACCUGGGCUAUCGGGGAGAUCUGCAUGCAGAUGGGGGUGGAGAUGCAGCCGUACAUUCCUAUGGUUCUGAACCAGCUGGUUGAGAUUAUUAACCGGCCCAACACGCCCAAAACUCUGUUGGAGAACACAGCCAUCACCAUUGGUCGGCUGGGUUAUGUCUGUCCUCAGGAGGUGGCCCCCAUGCUGCCCCAGUUCAUCAGGCCCUGGUGCACGUCUCUGCGCAACAUCCGGGACAACGAGGAGAAAGACUCCGCCUUCCGGGGGAUUUGCAUCAUGAUCGGCGUGAACCCUGGAGGUGUGGUCCAGGAUUUCAUCUUCUUCUGUGACGCGGUGGCGUCCUGGGUGAAUCCUAAAGACGACCUCAGAGACAUGUUCUAUAAGAUCCUGCAUGGCUUCAAGGAGCAGGUGGGGGAGGACAACUGGCAGCAGUUUUCUGAGCAGUUCCCCCCCCUGCUGAAGGAGAGACUGGCAGCCUGCUACGGCGUUUAGAGUCUCCACCCCCAGCCAUGAGGGGGGGGCCAGCAGAAGGAGGGUGAAUGGGAAAACUCAUCCAUCUGUGUAUUGCACUGCCCUGAUCGGGGGGGAAGAAACGUUCGGCUGCUCCCCCUGAUGGACGGCCCCCACGCCCUAUGUGUUUGUCCAUAGAGGGAGGGAGGGAGGGAGGGGUGGGGGGCACCUCUAGAUUAACUAGGCAGGGACCCGACACAGAAAACUAACUUGUAGGGACAGAUAGAGGAGGGACCUUCAGGGACAGGUGGGGAGACAAUCAGCGAGGAAGAGCAGAAAGGUGUCCUGGGGGGGUCGGGGUCUACAGAGAAACUGGGACCAAUCUUGACACACGCGCAGUACUCUGAAACACCAGAAGGUGGCAGUGUGAGCUGCUCUGUGGUUAGGGACAGACAGGCUUCUUCAUCUGCUUUCCUGGGGAAGAUCAUCAGUUCCUUCACCUGUGCUCACCCCAUCUCCAUUUGUUUGCCGCCGCUGCCGCCGUCACGCUAAGCACAGCUGCUCUCCAUUCGCGGGGGGGUUUCUCUGCUCCAUCGCAGGAAGGCUCCUCCUCCUCCUCCUGAUGCCGCAGGAAUGUUCCUUAGCGCCUGGGGAGGUGAGGGCCGACCCUCCUGCUUCCUGAGACGAGGAAAAUCACAAACUUUCUUCAGUGUGUGAGUGCACGUGUUUGAGCGUGCAUUUGUGUGAGUGUGCACGUGCAGUCUGAAAACUCGCAUUCUGCGUUCAAAAUGUGAAAUGGUACCGAGCUGAAGCUGGAGAAGACUGUUAGCUGUGACUGUGUGUGUCUGAGUAUGUAUGUGUUUAUGUGCGAUGUGAUCAUGCACGUGUGUGUCAGUAAUAGUGCAUGUGGGUGCAUGUGUGUGAUCUGGUGUGUGAUCGUCCAUGUUUUUGCAUCUGUGAUCAUGCACGUGUGAGAUGAUGUUGAUCUUCUCAGUUCCGUGACUUAAUUUUAAAAUUGUUUUAUGAAUAUUUCUGUUUUUUCUGCUCCUCACUUUCAUUUCUUACAGCAUUAAAUUCAUUUCAUUCUCUUUACUGACGCUUUAGUAGUUUUUAUCGGUUUUUAACCACGCCCACCACGUGACCCGCCCACCCCUGUGACCCGUGUUUGUCAGACUGUGUUACACUGUGAAACCGUUUUUCAAUAAUUUUCUCUCUUAAAGGCAAAUAAAGAAACUUUGUGAAUCUGCGACUAAUCCGCACUUUUGCUACGAGUGGCGUGAUGCCGGCCGCGUCCUCUGGGGGGAGUUGUGAAGGGUGGUGUGUGCAUGUGGGGGGGUCUUUCUCUAUGAUCGUCCUGUUUCAGAGUGAUGUAACCCUUUAACCGUGGGGGUGGGGGCAUUAAAGAGCAAUAAAGCUACUAAAUUUUCAAUCCGUUGUGUUGCAGUUCAGGACCACCACCCCUCUUCCCACUGGGUCCAGGGUACCUUCCAGAAUUUUUCAUAUUUUCCUUGGAACUUUUCAGACGUUUAGUUGGUUCCUCUGAGAUGUUAGCUCGUUCCCGCUGCCCCCCAGUCUAACUUUCGUUCUUUUGUCCUCACAUUUUGCAUGAUAGAGCUUUAAGAUGCCUUCAUGGACGGCUCGGUGAACUGAGUUUACGAAGGGUUUUCUUGUCCUAAAGCCUGAAGAUUUCGGGGGUCCAAAGCUCAUAACUUUAUUCUCAAUGAGGGGAGAGGGGGUGACCACCGCCAUCAGGGUUUUUUGUUGUUGUCGAUGCUGGUUUUUAGGCUCCUCCCACUUCGGUUUGUGCUUCACUUUGACACCCAAUGUUUAAAUCCAAUGCCGGGGGGGGCAGAGUGAAGUAAAGACGGGUGGUUCUGUGUGGAGAACACGACUGAACACUUCUACAGGAGACAAUCCAGUCCUGGUCCUGCUGUUUCUGCUCUUUUCAUUCCGGUUUUUACAAGAACAAUAAAGGGUUCUGUUGCUUCUUC